AUGGACACUUCAUCCAAAGAAAAUAUCCAGUUAUUCAGCAAAAAUUCAAUGCAACCUGUUGGGAGGCCUUCCUUUAAAACAGAAUAUCCCUCCUCAGAGGAGAAACAACCCUGCUGUGGUGAACUAAAGGUGUUCUUGGGUGCCCUGUCUUUUGUUUACUUUGCCAAAGCACUGGCAGAAGGCUACCUGAAGAGUACCAUCACUCAGAUAGAGAGAAGGUUUGAUAUCUCUUCUUCACUGGUGGGAGUUAUUGAUGGUAGUUUUGAAAUUGGAAAUCUCUUAGUUAUAACAUUUGUUAGCUACUUUGGAGCCAAACUUCACAGGCCAAAAAUAAUUGGAGCAGGGUGCCUAAUCAUGGGCGUUGGAACAUUGCUCAUUGCAAUGCCUCAGUUCUUCAUGGAGCAGUACAGAUAUGAAAGGUAUCCUCCUUUCUCCAAUUCCACUUUCAGCAUCUCUCCAUGUUUCCUGGGGUCAAACAGUCCAUUACCAAUCUCAGUUAUGGAAAAAUCACAAUCCAAAAUAAAUAAUGAAUGUGAAAUUGAUUCCAGCUCCUCCAUGUGGGCUUAUGUCUUCCUGGGGAACCUUCUUCGUGGCAUUGGAGAAACUCCCAUUCAGCCUCUGGGCAUCGCCUACCUUGAUGAUUUUGCUAAUGAGGACAAUGCGGCUUUCUAUAUUGGGUGUGUGCAGACGGUUGCAAUUAUAGGACCAAUCUUUGGCUUCCUGUUAGGCUCAUUAUGUGCCAAACUGUAUGUUGACGUUGGCUUUGUAAAUCUAGAUCAUAUAACCAUCACCCCAAAGGAUCCACAGUGGGUGGGUGCCUGGUGGCUUGGUUAUCUAAUAGCAGGAAGCAUAAGUCUUCUGGCAGCUGUGCCUUUCUGGUAUUUACCAAAGAGUCUACCAAGACCCCGGCGCAGAGAGGAUUCCAAUUCCUCCUCUGAGAAAUCUAAGUUUAUUAUGGAUGAUCACACGGACUACCAAACACCUCUUGGAGAAAAAGCAAAAAUCAUGGAAAUGGCAAGAGAUUUUCUGCCAUCACUGAAGAGUCUUUUUGGAAAUCCAGUGUACUUCUUAUAUUUGUGUGCAAGCACCGUUCAGUUCAAUUCCUUAUUUGGCAUGGUCACUUAUAAACCGAAGUACAUUGAGCAACAGUAUGGGCAGUCAUCCUCUAAGGCCAACUUUGUUAUCGGGCUCAUCAAUAUACCUGCAGUGGCCUUUGGAAUAUUCUCUGGGGGGAUAGUCAUGAAAAAAUUCAGAAUCAGUGUGUGUGGAGCCGCAAAGCUCUACUUGGGAUCAUCUGUCCUUGGGUACCUCCUAUUCCUUUCCCUUUUUGCGUUGGGCUGUGAAAAUUCUGAUGUGGCAGGACUAACAGUCUCCUACCAAGGAACCAAACCUGUCUCUUAUCAUGAACGAGCUCUCUUUUCAGAUUGCAACUCAAGAUGCAAAUGUUCAGAGACAAAAUGGGAACCCAUGUGUGGUGCAAAUGGAAUUACAUAUGCAUCGGCUUGUCUUGCUGGUUGUCAAACCUCCACCGGGAGUGGAAAGACUACUAUAUUUAAUAACUGCACCUGUGUGGGAAUUGCCGCCUCAAAAUCAGGAAACUCCUCAGGCAUGGUGGGCAGAUGUCAAAAAGAUAACGGAUGUCCCAAAAUGUUUCUGUAUUUCCUUGUAAUUUCAGUCAUCACGUCCUAUACUUUGUCUCUAGGCGGGAUACCUGGAUACAUAUUGCUUCUGAGGUGCAUUAAGCCACAACUUAAGUCUUUUGCCCUGGGUAUCUACACCUUAGCAGUAAGAGUUCUUGCAGGAAUCCCAGCUCCCGUAUAUUUUGGAGUUUUGAUUGAUACUUCAUGCCUCAAAUGGGGAUUUAAAAGAUGUGGAAGUAGAGGAUCCUGCAGAUUAUACGAUUCAAAUGCUUUUAGGUACCGUAUCAAACUCAUUCCCACAUCUCACGGCUACCACAUCCCAGGUUUGCACAAUGCAAUUGGCACUAAUAAUCCUCAUGUAGUUUCAUUGCUUACACAUGUAUCUGGGACUAACCAUGAUUCUUGGCACCAUGUCCAUUUUCCUAAGUACUGCAGUACUUUUCACUUUAAAGAAAAAGUAUGUUUCAAAACACAGAAGCUUCAGAACCAAGAGAGAAAGAACAAUGGUGUCUACAAGAAGCAGGAAGGAAAACUGUACGACGAGUGA